UCAAAAACGUAGCAGGAGCCCAAUCUAGAUAAUACGUAAAUAAGCAAUACACGCUACAUGUGGAUGUCAUUUUACUUUACUGUCAUACUCCGUUUCUUUGCUACCUUCCUUUUUAUGCAACGAUGAGCACCUCGCGUCGCUCCUCCAAGUCAACAAGAUCCACAGUCACAACACGUUCUAAUCGUCCUCCUACUUGGCGCGCAACAAGCUUAAUCUCUGGCACCGCCCCUGGACCGCCCUUAAUAGUAUCAAAGAAUUCUUCUGCUCCAGAAGUGUCGAUAGUUACUGCUGAGCCAGAAACUGUAAUAAACUCUGUGUCAGAAUCAGCAGCUUCUCAGCUUGCGCCUACCAUUUCCAAGAGGACCAGGAUGGUCAAGUCGAACAGUACAGAUGGCAGACUCAGAGCGGAGCGGAAGAAUAGCACCAGGACUCGAUUAAAGGACGUAUUUCCAAGUGAAGACUUAGGAAAAGGGGAUAUCAAUGCCGGAGAAACAACCUUAAUCCCAUCAAGUAGUAUGGUUGAUACAGACCAGGGCGUGGCGUUCCCUUCGCCUCCUUCGCCCGAACGCACGGGUUCCACGCCUCUUGCGUCUACCAGUGCAGAUACAACUUCUAUAACUAAUGCUCCUGUUCAGUCAGAGCCUGGGCCUGAACCCUCAUCGUCCUCUUCUCCAAGCCGAGGAUCCUGGCUUGGCUCAUUUGGUCGUUCUAAGGGCAAGGAGAAGGCAGUGGGUGUUACUGCCAACAAUACAUCGUCCAAUUCAGUGGCGGACACACCCAGACCAGCUUCGAAACCCCUUGCUGCGUUCCCUAGUACAGAUGAAGGGGUCAACAACGCUGAGGAUCUCAGCUCCGCUAUAGAGGCGCUGGGAUCUACGCAACCUUAUGCUUUUGAGACGAUACGCGCUGAUAUACAAGUGCCCAGAGUCGAACUGCCUUCACUUACGGAGGAUUCUUCGAGAACUGUUCGCGCUUCCGAAGGACCAAAACAUUCUUGGUUCAAUCCUUUCGCACCUUAUCCCUCACGUCCUCAAAACACCAGUGCACAACCACCUCCAUCUCAGCCAUCUUCCUCCCCCGUAUCAUCAUCUACUUCACCAAGCUCACUACGAAAGACAUCUUCAUCUUAUGUGGGAUCGAUAGACGACGAAGUCCCCGGGCCGGUUCGAACUCCUGCACAUUCUGAUGACGAAGAUGGGCAAGAAGCGCAACAAGAAGUGAAUCAUUUGUCCAGUACUUUAGCGCCUUCCGGUGUCAGCGCAGCAGUCGCUCAAUGCGAAUUGCCGCCUGUCGACAAUGCAUCGCAAUCCUUUCAACCUCGUGAGAGACUAGAUUCCUUGAAUUCGCUCAAUCCGUCCACUAGUCGAUUCAGCAUUAGCAUUCCACUUCUUGGUCGGCCCAAAAUGCGCUUGGAAGAUGCCGUGAAACGAGGGAAGGAGAUUGGUGAUAAGGCAGUCAAAGAGACUCCCCAAAAAGAUGCUGCUGUGUCUUCCAUUACAGCUACUCCUUCAAUCUCUAAUCCAUCUCCUCCAUUGAAUCCACUCACAAUGACAGAAACCACAGCUGCGACAUUGGCAACCGCUGAAGCAGGUCGAGCUGAUUUCGCUACCAAUGAAGUGGCCGUGACCAUUCCUUCACCAAGCCAACCCAUAUCACAAGAAAUUGCAAAUAAUGCUUGUCCUCCAUCGUCGUCUACCUCACAGAGUGUAAAUGAAUAUAAUGAGCCUAUACGGACUGAUCUGUCCUCCGGGCCUCCGCUCGAUAUAGCGGAUGCCCCGGCGCAAUCAUGGUGGAGCUAUAUGGGAUGGAGUUCUUCUCAAUCUAAUGUCACUCGCAUGGAGAUCCUUGACUCUGAAUUGCGGACCGAAAGUCAUGAAGACCCCACGCCAAACUUGAACAUAACUCAAGCUCAGCCCGAUCCUCUUCCCGAACGUUGCGCUUCUGCUCCCCCAGUCAUGGAACCUUCCAAUGGUAAUCCAGAACCUCCAGAAGCCGAAACAAAUUCUCCUUCGAAUCCCCAAUCGACAUCGACUGCACAACCUCAAACAGAAACCCAAGCCUACGUGAAGGCCCCAUCGAUAUUCUCUCUCGAUGUCGCUCGCGCUGCUGGGUCAUGGUUCAAUCCGUGGGCGUGGUAUGGUUAUGGUGUUGUUGAACCUUCGUCAUCGGACACAGUCGGAUCUGUCGCUCUCAAUGGUGUGCCUGAGGAAAGCGAGCGUGUAUCAGAUGAUGGUAAUGGAAAUAGAGGCAGUAUAGAUGACAAGGCGAACAUGACGGAGAUGACGGAGUCGGAAAAAAUUAAAGAGGCCGCUCUUGCAAGAGAUAGACCAUCAGGCGCUUCAUCUUCCAUUGCAUCUGCGACGACUCAAGAAGACAAUACUUCUACAGGUCAAAUUGAUUCACCAACAGUAGGUUUAGAAAGGGAAUCUCAAGAAACUCCCCCAAGUGUAAAUCCCAUCAACCCUAUUGCCGAUUCUGCUUCAUAUAUGGCGUCUGGAUGGGCUUCAUUCUUUUCACUGAGCAGAGGUAGAGGCCUAAUUACAAAGAAUCUAAGUGACACUGUCCCGGAAAUAGAAGGGUUGAAAGAUGAAGUAAAGAGGGACGAAAAUGGGAUGGAGAUAAUGGAAUUGACUGAUGAUGAGGCUGGCAGUGUGCACGUAAAUUUGCAGGAACCAGAGCGGGAGUUAGAGAAGGCUGUCACAAAGGUGCCUGCAAGUAGUGCGCUUAUUCUUAUGCGAGCGCUAGCAGGUCAUGACUUGAAGCAGCAGAAAACAAUUGAGGCGCCGAAGGACGAGAAAAGCCAAUUAGAGCAGGAUACCACCAACACGAACAGCAACUCUCCUCGUAUCCCGCCCUCUCCUAGUAAUUCUUCGAAGUAUAAUGCCGGUGCUCUUGGUGCCGAUUCUGUUUCUAGCUCCCCCACGAAAGUCCUCAGUUCAAGGCCCGGAAGAGCCUCGUCUGUGAGCACAACGCAAACAAGCACGAGCUCGGUUGGCACUAAACCUGCACCGCCGUUGACAAUCUCCGACGAGCUCAAAGCUUCGGUCGUUGCUGCAAAGAAGGGAAAACGAGCUGGUGUAUCACCUGCUGGUUCGUCUUCCUUACCCAAAGAUGGGUUUUCAACACCUUCAGGAACAGAUGGUCCCAAGAAAGAGAAAGAAAAGGAGAAAUCGAAAGCCGUUGUCAAGUCUGGUGCUAACACACCUGCCCCUCCGCCUCCGCCUCCAAACCUCGUGCUCCCAGCAUGGGAGGAUACGUUCCUAACUCCUCCGCGUAACUGGGUUCCGGAACAAUAUCUUCCAACCACCAAUAACGCUACAGGAGGUUUGGGGACUACGAUUGGAAAAACGAUGCGAUACAUGAGUGGUAUGCUCUUAGGUGCAGAUAGUGGCUAUACCUCUGGUGGAGAGAGUAGUCGACUUGGAGCAGGCGCAAGCGCAACCAAACGACGUUCACGUAGAGGAAGUUCGAGGCGGAGGAGCAUAUCAGGAGAAAAUGCAAUACCUGGCGGAAAUGGUGUGGGAAGUGAGGCUGAGUUGAUUGCGAGAGAGCGGGAAAAGCUGCGGGAGCUAUUAAACUGGGGACACAACUUGCCGAGGGCUUGGGAAGUUAUUGAAAAGGCCAUUGAAACCCGAAGAAAGUCUGUAUUGGAGAAGAAAGGGAAGGCAAAGGCUACGACUGAGCAGGAGGGAUCUCACAGAGAUGUGACGAGAGGCUGUAAGAAUGUAGUGAUCAUCGGAAUUCAUGGAUGGUUCCCUGGUGCAGUCAUGCGGUCAAUGCUUGGAGAGCCCACCGGAACUAGUACUAAGUUCGUCAACAUGAUGGAGCAGGCACUUGCAGAAUUUCAAUCAACCCACGGAUUGAAGUUCGACAAGGUCACCAAGAUACCUCUCGAGGGUGAAGGAACAAUUGAUCGAAGGGUUGAAAAGCUCUACGAAAACCUAAUGUCCAAUCGAUCGUGGGUGGAUGUCAUUCACAAUGCAGAUGUAAUCUUCGUCGCCACACAUUCGCAGGGUUCAGUUGUUUCAACGCAUCUAAUUGACCGCCUCAUUCGUGACCGCCACAUAAGGACAGCUAAGAAUGCAGCAUCAGAGCCUAUCUCAGAUCUAGGAAUCAAUAUGGUCCCUCUAUCCCCUCAGAGAGUUUGCUGUCUUUGCCUUUGUGGUAUCCAUUUGGGUCCUCUACGGUAUCUCAGUUCGAGUUCUCUUUUGCAACCAUAUAUCCAGUACUUCGAAUCUGCUGCUGCACGAGAACUCUUCGAAUUUCAGAAUACCGAAAGUGAUGUUUCCAAGGCAUAUGUUCAAGCACUGCGAAAUGUGCUUCACAAUGAGAUUAAGAUGGUUUAUGUCGCCUCCUUGAAUGAUCAAGUUGUUCCGAUAUACUCUGGCUUGUUCACUUCUGCCUGUCAUCCGUUGAUCCUGCGAGCUCUUUACAUUGAUGGCGACGCUUACCACUCUUCGGAUUUUUUGACAAAUUUACUUGUUCUACUACUUCGCGUCUUAAACUGUGGCUUAUCAGAUAGUGGGCUGCUGGCUCAUCUGUCCGAAGCAACGGCCGGCUCUUUGAGUGGAAUUGGACAUUCCACAGCUUACGAAGAAUUAUCCACAUUUUCACUGGCGGUGGAUUACCUUUUCCUCACUAACAAUGGCUUCGAGGAUCAUCCAGAGCUCACUGUAGAGUAUUUCAACGCAUCCAACGAAAUGAACGACUACGAGAUUCCGUGGGCUCUUCGCGAUUUAAUUGCAGACGAGAAAGUGACUCAUCAUUUCUCAAGAGAGAUAACACAACUUCGUGAUGCUUUUCGCGAGUGGCAUCCCAAAACGACUAUUCUACGAGAUAUCAAACGUAAAUUACAACCAAUACAAAGGCUGCCUACUACCUCCGCCCCAGGUACAGCAAAUAAUACGAGCAAGCUUUAGGGGAUUCUAUGUUACUUGGCGAUCUAAUCUGGUUAUGCUUUUUUGCUCAUUGUUGCGUCUUUCGGAUUUCAUGCUCCGCGCGAACGAGCUUACCACAUUGUACAGUAUCAAAUCUCAAUGUAUUUUACAA